UCACAGCGUCGCUGCCGUUUAGUCCGCUACCGACGAGGUGGGUGUCCGCAUCGCCGCAUCGAGUGUGACCAGUUUCUAUAGCAACCGUGAGGAAUCGCGCCGUCAAAACAUUCGGCGGCGGUGGCGGCGGCGAACAUGCUAGUCAAGUGCGCUCAAAUUGGAUAAAAGCCUACGAAAAGUCGAAUAUUGACGCGCACAAAAACUUCAAACACGGUGUUUUUUUACACUCAACAACGAGGAGAUCUAAAAGCGCCGUGCUUGCUCAUUAUCAACCAGAGUGCACCAAGGUAUGCGGCAGCAGCCAUGACACGCCCGAAAUCGGUAUCAACGCUCAAAGUAAUCAUCGCAAUCAUAUUAAUCAAUGUGUUUGAUUGCGUCGACUGCAUAUUGAAUAAUCAAGACACGCUGGACAUCACCAACGAUCGCAACUUCAACUGCCAUUGGACUGGUGGUAGUGAUCCGAAACUAACAUGUGAUUGUCUAACUGACAAAGAGGAGUUUGUUAUUAAACAUAACUCAAUCCCCGUCUAUGAUGUAGCAAUGAUUAAAAUAACCAACUGCGGUAAAAUCACAAUCGGUGCAAACGCAUUCGCCGAAAUGCGCAGUCUACGCUCAAUCACGCUGGAGAACAUCAAAUCAAUCGUUCUCGAAGCCGACAGCAUCUCCUGGCUGGGAUCAGUUCGCAAUCGAGAAAACCUCAUCGACUGGGAUCCCAGCGUGCCAUCCAUACGUGUCUACCUAAUUUCCAGCAAUAUUGACCUGAUCGCCAACAAUGCCAUCCACGGCCGCAUCAACUUGCUCGAAAUAAUCAACUGCGACAUCCAACACAUGUCAUCAUUCGCAGUGAGCAGGCUACAACAAAUGCUUAACAUCCGCAUCACUGGUUCAACCUUCCAUCAAUUGGAAACGCAAAGUUUCAAAAGGUUUACCACCGAAAACCUUCUCAUCACCAACACCGCAUUCGCAACAAUCCCCAGUCGCGCAUUCUACGAACUCACCGUACGGGAUCAAUUCCUGUUGGAUAAUAUUACCGUCUAUGACACAUUGAAACCCUCUGGCUUUACAAUCACAAACCCAUAUAAUUUUCAAAUGCUCAACAGUCACAUCAACGCGAUCGCUGGUAGUGGAUUCAAAGUAGCAACGCGUGGACCCGUGGUGAUCCAGAACAAUCGAUUCCACAACACAGCCAACAGCGCAUUCCGAAGUAUCUCGCUCAAUAAGGAAGACCCCAACGAGUACGAGACAAUUAAGUUCGAACGAAAUAUCUUCGAUCAACUUAGCAAGGAUGCGCUAGUUGUGGAUAAAGACUCAUUCCGGCCGGUAUUCGUCAAUCUGCAAUUGACUGAAAAGUGUGAAUGCGGCAAUCUGGAGCGGUAUUUUCGACACGAUGAAAACACGCUGGAAUUGAGCUGUAUGUCAGAACGGGACUCCGACGAAUGGGUUUCGGUCGAUCACUUCCAAAGCACGCGGUGCGGAAUGUUGGAUACGAAAAGCGGCACGGCAUAUAUCAUCGCCGGCGUGUGCGCCAUUGUGGUGGUCAUUGUUGGGAGCAUCGUAGGUUUUUACUUUAUACGAUUGCAUCGGAGUAAAAGUUAUGAUAAAAACUCCACCGACAAGAACGGUAAGGUGAGUAUGAUCGUACCGGAUGGGCGGACGUAUCGCGAAACCGAAUUGUGCGUGAUUGUCGAACGCGCCGACCUGCUCACCACCGACUUAUAAUUACUAAAUAACCACUGAUGAUUUGUUCACAUCAUGACUGCUUGUGUUCGUAGCAAGUUGGUAUUAUUUCUGUGAUAUUAAUUUAUGUUAUCUAAUUGUAGCCCUACCAAAUGAAUAAAAUUAUGUUCCUAUUUAAA